CACCGUACGGCGCUGUGCGCGCGCGCGGGGGGGCCGGAAGCGGCCGCGGGCGCCAUGGCGGCGGCGCUGGGGAGGCUCCUUCCGCGGGGGGUCGGCGCCGCCCGGCCCGGCAGGUGUUUUUCUUGCUCGGCGUGUCGAGCUAGCAGCGAUGAAAAGCCAGGAAAAUUCCAGCCGCCUCCAAAGCCUGUCAUUAUUGACAAGCUGAAGCAGAUAGAAGAGAGGAGGUUCUUGAGCCCUGAAUUUAUACCUCCCAGAGGGAGAACGGAUCCUCUUAAAUUCUUUAUAGAAAGAAAGGAUAUGAUACAGAGACGAAAAGUCUUCAACAUCCCAGAGUUCUAUGUUGGCAGCAUCCUUGCCGUUACUACUGCAGAUCUGUACGCCAAGGACAAGGUCAACCGCUUUGUAGGCAUCUGCAUUCAAAGAGGUGGAAAAGGCCUCGGUGCUACUUUUGUCCUUCGGAAUGUUAUAGAAAACCAAGGUGUUGAAAUAUGCUAUGAACUCUACAAUCCUCGAAUCCAGGCGAUUGAGGUUCUGAAGCUGGAAAAGAGGCUGGAUCACAACCUGAUGUACCUGCGAGAUGCCCUUCCUGAAUACAGUACUUUCGAUGUGAACAUGAAACCUGAGACUCGUUUAGACCAUGAAGAAAUUCCCAUAAACAAGCUGCAGGUACGAAUGAAGCCCAAACCAUGGUCAAAACGGUGGGAAAGGCCAAAAUACAACAUAAAAGGCAUCAAGUUUGAGCUACCUGAAAAAGUAAUGAAAGAAGCACAGAAGUGGAGCCAGCCAUGGCUGGAGUUUGAUAUGCUGCGAGAAUACGAUACGUCAAAAAUAGAGGAGAAAAUUUGGAAAGAAGUGAACGAAGGGCUUAAAAAAUAAUAGGUUUGAAUUUAGGAAAUGAUAUUUACUUUUCGCUCCUACUGUAUGGACUAUUUAGUCAAGUUUUGUAUAUACAUAGGCAAAAUCCACAAUAAACUUAACCUUUCUGUAAGA